CUUUGCUUUUCACCCUCAACACCUUUUACGAGUCUGUAAACCGGAUCGAACUCUUCACACCUCUCGCUGACCCCCCAACUCUCCCCAACUCGUCCCCGCGAGAAAAUGCGAGAAAAUGCGACUCCUGAACACGGAGACACUCGAGGUGGAGGAUGGCUUUUUCGAAAAGAACACGCCUCCUUACGCCAUCCUGUCGCACACAUGGGGCAACGAGGAAGUCAUUCUCCAAGACCUCGAUGAUCGCCUAGCCGCAAUGCGAAAAGCCGGAUACAGAAAGGUUGAGGGAACAUGCCGCCUAGCGCUGAAGGAGGGCUUCCGAUACGUCUGGAUCGACACUUGCUGCAUCGACAAGCUGAGCAGUGCCGAGCUCUCGGAAGCCAUUAACUCCAUGUUUCGCUGGUACCAGACUGCCGCCGCCUGCUACGUCUACCUCUCCGACGUAGAUUCCGGUCUUGCCGACGACAACUUCCCCUCGCAAUUUCGCAAGAGCAAAUGGUUCACACGAGGGUGGACUCUACAGGAGCUGAUUGCGCCGCGCCAACUGACAUUCCAUGCGUCUGACUGGAGCUACUUGUCCCACAGAGCUGGCCUCUCCCAUUCCAUAUCCGACAUUACCGGCAUCAAUCAAAAGUUCCUAGACGGUAGUAGGCAGGCUGAAGGCAGAAUUCAGUCUCUCCUGGCGCAAGCGAGUGUCGCUGAACGAAUGAGCUGGGCGUCGGCACGACAGACAACCCGCGUUGAAGACAUCGCCUACAGUCUCCUCGGUAUUUUCGGUGUCAAUAUGCCGCUGCUCUACGGCGAAGGCGAGAACGCAUUCCUCCGCCUCCAGCACACCAUUGCCGGACAAUCCAGUGACCAAACGCUGUUCGCAUGGCGCCGUGAACACCCCGACCCGGACAACAGGAUCAGUGGAAUCUUUGCCGCUUCACCUAACGCUUUUGCAAACUCUGCGGAUCUCGUCCCUUUUGACGACGGGGGUAAUAUUGCACCGUUCUCCAUCACGAACCACGGUCUGCACAUCACCAUCCCAAUCCGAAACGGCACCGCACUUCUCCAGUGUCGACACCGCGACGACAUUACCACCAUCAGAACCAUAGCGCUCCGCCAGCUCCGUGGGAAGGUAUACGCGCGUGUCGACACAGAUCUUCUUGGCAGCAUCAGCUAUAAGGCCUGGGAAUGGUGGUGGAACAAGACGGUGUAUGUCAUUGCCGUUGGCAGCAUCCCGGAGCGGCCCGAGGAUGGAUUCGUUAUCCGACGGCUCCCGGAUGGCUUCGACAGUUCCGGAUUUUGUGUCGGCAGAAUGAUCCCUUUUCGAAAUCGACUCUCGUGGGAGCUAGGAGACGGAGAAACGUUCGAGGACGCCAUCAUCUUGAAGCAGAGGGGAUUCGAGGCCCAUCUUACACUUUGUGCUUGGAGGGAGUCGCGGCCAGCCCUUGAUGGACGUGAUCGAAAAACUCUGGCCAGCUAUUACUUCACCACAAAGACGAGAACGGUUCCAAAAUCCGUCAAGAAUACCGGGGUGGGCGAGCGUUUAUCGGCGGUGGCGUACCACCCCAAGGGUAUGCUUUAUGCCGACAUCACGCAGCAAAAGGCCCUGGGGCAAACCAUUUGCUUUGUUGACAUUAUUCUCACUACAACUCUUGUCUCCACCGCCAGGGUUCGUCUAUCUACAGCAAUAAAUCGAGGAUACCAUCGAGCCUCUGUUUGGGCAGCUGGCGUAAUGUCUAUGGCAUUUUCGGUUUCCCCUGUCGUGGUUGCCGAUCGGAUGACGACGGUUCAUGACUCCCUUCUCAAAACCUUGACGAAUCUCUGGAUUCCUUGGGCCAUUUUCAGCGUGCUUUUUUGGUCGAUUCUUCGCUUGUCGUUGUUGAUCAAUCCAGACAACAACGCCUAUAUAUCUUUACCAAUGCGGAUACCUUUCGACCAAAGGCGCAUAGGUCUAACCGUCAUGUAUCAAUUCCCACUUCUAGCACUUAGGGUUUGGUAUGUUUACAUCCAAGAUGCGUACCAACCCUUUUAUUCCAGAACCCUGGGCGUGAAGGUAUCCAAGACGCCCAUGUUACUCGCGUUCAUUUUCCCCCUAAAAGAAUGGAUUCAUCUCUGUAUAGUUUUCUCCUUUUCCUUCCUCCUGCAAGCUUUCAUUCCGUUGUGGGUGUUGGGAUCACCGUUGAUCAUCAUUUCAGGAGGCCUGUUGUCUUUCAUAAUUCUUCUCUUCCCUUUCUUGUGGGUUAUGUCGUUGAUGGAGAGUUUCAUGAGGCAUUCCAUCAUUGCUAGAGAUUUGACUGGCGGGACUAUUGUGGCCAGCAAAUUGGAAAACUCGCGCUCAAAAUACAGGCACUAAUUAUUCUAGUCUGGGGCUCUGGGGCCCUGUUUCGUAACAGGCAAGUUAAGCGGCAAUUACUCGACUACUGUAGAGAAUCCCAACGACAAUAUAGGGGCCCUUGAAAAUUGCAUUUACGCUAUAGCAGAAAAUGUACGAACAUAUGGAGCAAAUGCUGAGGGCCGAGAGUGCCCCUCAACCUCAGUCGGCACCAAUACCGAAGGCGAACCCGCCUGGCCCUAGUGAGCGUAGUAGACUUACAGCUCGCUGGCGUAAAAGCAAGUUGUCUGAGCCCACUUUCGUCGGCAUCACCGUGCGUGAGGGUACAUUCUAGUCCUGUAAGUCCGGGUAUUGACCGUCGCUAGAGUGCGCUCGUCGC